AUGCGUAUCCUCUGUGGAGUGGCCACCUUUCUGGCGGCAAGCCACUCCGUUGUGGUGGUGGUGGUGGCUGCAGCAGAAGCACCACAACAACGACAACAUAUGGCCUGGCCCUCAGCGGAGCCAGCAUCAGCAAACCAGAAGCUCCCAUCUCAUCGGCAACCAAAGUACCGCCCUGACCGCAAGAGGGCGAAUGCUGUCAAGCAGGCUUUCAGGAUUUCGUGGGAUGGUUACUACAAGCAUGCGUUUCCUCAUGAUUCGCUGAGGCCUGUGUCGAAUUCGUUCGAGGAUGACAGGAAUGGAUGGGGAGCCAGUGCUGUCGACGCCUUCAGCACGGCGUUGAUCAUGGGGGAACACAAGAUCAUUGACCAGAUCUUGCGCUACAUCCCCGACAUCAACUUCAACCACACCGACAGUGAGGUGUCGUUGUUUGAGACGACGAUUCGAUAUCUAGGUGGGCUGUUAUCUGCCUACGACCUCCUCACCGGCCCCCUGAAACCCCGUUUCGACUACAGCACCCACCAAACCUCCCUCAUCCUCCACCAGGCUGUCCGCCUGGCGGACAACCUCAAAGUCGCCUUCGACACCCCGACCGGAAUCCCCGACAACGACCUCUUCUUUUCCCCCCCUCGCAAAAAGGGCUCAACCUCCAACGGCCUCGCCACAGCCGGAACCCUGGUCCUCGAAUGGACCCGCCUCUCGGACCUCACCGGCGACCCUCAAUACGCCCGCCUGGCCCAAAAGGCAGAAAAGUACCUCCUCCACCCCAAAAACCCAGCCAUGGGGGAACCCUUCCCCGGCCUCCUCGGCUCCUCCCUCAACCUCGACACCGGCCUCUUUGAAGACGGCGCCGGCGGCUGGGGCGGCGGCACAGAUAGCUUCUACGAAUAUCUCAUCAAGAUGUACCUCUACGACCCCUCCCGCUUUUCCGUCUAUCGCGACCGCUGGGUGUUGGCGGCCGACAGCUCCAUCCGGUAUCUGACAUCCCACCCCACCACCCGGCCCGACCUAACCUUCCUCGCCAUGUGGCGCAACCGCACCCUGCACUACUUCUCCGAGCACCUCGCCUGCUUCAGCGGGGGAAACUUCAUCCUCGGCGGCCUGACCCUCGACUCCCCAGCCUACCUCGGCCUCGGCCUCGACCUCGUCGCCGGGUGCAGAGCAACCUACACCGGCACCCUCACGGGAAUAGGACCGGAAAUCUUCCAAUGGCAGGAUAACACCGCCCCCCUGAACGCAAGCAACAACUCGCCUCCCCCGACCCAUCAGAAACUCAUGUACAGCCGGGCUGGGUUCUGGGUUACGAACGGGGGGUAUCAGCUGCGUCCUGAGGUGAUUGAGAGCUAUUACUACGCCUACCGGGCGACUGGCAAUCAGAAAUAUCAGGAGUGGGUUUGGGAGGCGUUUUUGGCUGUGAAUGCCACGUGCAGGGUUGGGAGCGGGUAUAGUAGUUUGAUGGAUGUCAACUUGCCGGAGGGGGGUGGGUGGACGGAUUUUCAGGAGAGUUUUUGGUUUGCGGAGGUGAUGAAGUAUGCUUAUUUGGUCUUUGCGGAGGAGGCGCCGUGGCAGGUGAAGGCCGGGCUUGAGAAUCGGUUUGUGUUUAAUACCGAGGCGCAUCCGAUCAGGGUCGCGGGCGGGAGGGAGAAGUAUGGGGGGUGGAGGGGGUAA